AUGCGCCUAUUCCUUGAAGGGACGGUGCCAUCGAUGUUAAUGUUAGUGAAAGGCACGCAUCGGUUAGACAAGGAGAAGGAGCUAGAAGCCUUCUUCCAAGCCAUGAAUGAUUGGUUUGCCGAGUUCGUUCGUGCGAAUCCUAUCAGUAAGACCUCCACCCCUCAAGAUUCACAGACCCUCGUGUCAAUAGUACCGAGUGAGAGGGUUACACAGGAUUUCUUUCAGGAGGAGUUCCGAAAGAAGUACAUCAGCCAGAGAUUUAUAGAUCAGAAAAGGAAGGAGUUUCUUGAGCUAAAACAAGGUAAAAUGUCUGUGACUGAAUAUGAACGCGAAUUUGUCAAACUUAGUAAGUAUGCUCGGGAGUUUGUAUCCACUGAAGCUAACAUGUGCAAGAGAUUUGAAGAUGGGCUUAAUGAUGACAUCCGACUAUCAGUGGGUGUAUUGGAAAUCAGAGAGUUUGUUGUUCUGGUAGAAAGAGCUUGUAAAGUAGAAGACUUGUUAAAAGAAAAAGAGAAGAGCAAAGCUGAAGCUGGAGCGCAGGAUACAAAGAAGAGGCAAAUGAGUAAAUCAUUUCAGUCUACAUCUAAGAGGCCUAGGGAGCUCUCUAGCGGAUCACAUUUUCCACAUAUAUAUUCUGGUCGAAGCAGAAGUAGAAGAUUCGAGGGUUUUAGAGCUCAAACCACUACAGUUGCAAGUACAGGCAGUACUCGACCUCCUAGGCCUGAAUGUUCUCGAUGUGGGAGACGCCACCCCGGAGAGUGUAGAGCAGGUGAAAAUGUUUGUUUUAGAUGUGGAGCAUCCGAUCACUUUAUUCGGGAUUGUCUGAAACAACUAAAGAGAAGAAAUAACGAGUGCGAGAUCGGUAAUGCUCCUACCGAGGUAGACCGCAGAGAAACCCGGGUGGGGGCGAGUAAUAGGGGUGCAUCCAGAGAUUCAGCGGUUAGAUCAGAUGUUAGAGCACCUGCAAGAUCAUAUGCUAUUCGAGCUCGUGAAGAGGCGUCCUCUCCUGAUAUAAUUACGGAUAUUCAUGGAUUUGAUGAACGGAUAUUUAGACCGUAUCUAGAUAGAGGUGGGUUUUCUGGACAUAUUGUAUCUGCAGAAGGCAUCGGGGUAGAUCCAAGUAAAAUCUCAACUAUUGUCAAUUGGAGUCCACCAAAAAUGUAUCCGAAGUUAGAAGUUUCUUGGGAUUAG